AUGUUUUCUCUGCUUCUUCUCCUUGAGGUUGGAUAUGGUUUAGUAGACAUGCAAUAUGAUGCACUCGUUCAGUUUUAUGACAGCACAGACGGGGCAAAUUGGAUGCCAAACAAUUGGCUACAGUCGGAUGUUUACUGCGACUGGAUCGGAGUCAGCUGUGACGACAAUGAUAAUGUGGUGUCACUAAAUGUGCAGCACAUGGGGCUCAAUGGUCAACUUUCUGACCUAACAAACCUCACAUACCUAUCCAGCUUAUAUCUAUCUGGCAAUAAUCUCAAAGACUCCGACCUUUGUCUGCUCGGGGGUCUUUCUUACCUGCGAGUUCUGGACAUGACAGAUACUAGUCUUGAUGGAAACAUCCCAGAAUGCAUAUGUGCACUGUCUAAACUCCAUAGCCUACACUUGGACAAUAAUUCGCUCAUAGGGGAUGUUCCCCCGUGUUUGGGAGACUCCCAGCAACUUGGCCUUAAGCUUUUUACAGCACGAUGCAACAGACUGCAAUACAGCUUUAGCCACUUGGAUCUCGCGGUGGUAGAUUAUGUUGAUUUGCAGUGUAAUCCUACUAUCAAUUGUGGAGGAGAAGACUAUGUUGUUAACCAUACAGGGUACUAUGCGUGCGGACUAAAUCACUGCAGCACCUGCGUCAAAAAGACCACAUGCGCUGCAUUUCUAGAUGUAGGUGGAUGUCGCUACUAUCUACGCAACUCUACUGCCUCCAAGAUACAGCCGCCCUACUACAGAUAA